AUGUCGAAUCAGGUAGCUACUUUUGUAGCGGGUCUUAAAUCCCGAAAUGUGGAUGUUCAAACGAAGACCGCGAGAGAACUGUAUCACUAUGCUAAAACUGAGUUGCGAGAAGUUCCGCAAGAGGAGCUCACUCAGUUCCUUGAUGAGUUCAAUCAUCAAAUAUUUGAGAUGGUUUCAAGUAAUGAUGUUCACGAGAAAAAAGGCGGCGUUCUAGCCAUAGUGUGUCUGAUUGGUGGUGACUGUGAUACAACUAAAACUAGAAUAACAAGAUUUGCUAACUAUCUCAGGAACUUGCUACCAUCAUCAGAUGCAGGUGUAAUGGAACUAGCUGCCAAGACAGUUGGUCGUCUUGCUACUGUAUCUGGUGUUAAAAGAGCUGAAUAUGUUGAAUUUGAAGUGAAAAGGGCUUUUGAAUGGCUCUCAGAGGAAAGAAAUGAGGGUAGGCGCCAUUCUGCUGUUUUGUUAUUAAAAGAAUUGGCUAUAGCUAUGCCUACAUAUUUCUAUCAACAAGUGUCUGGUUUUUUUGAUCACAUUCUUAUUGCUUUAAAAGACCCAAAGCAGCAAAUAAGAGAAGCAGCUGCUAAAGCAUUACGAGCUGGGUUAGUGGUCACAGCACAGCGAGAAACAGCUAAGCAAUCAACUGCUAAACCUCAAUGGUAUAUGCAAUGUUGUGAAGAAGCGAUGCUGUCAUUUGAAGAUAUUCCCAUUAAGGAAAAAGGCAUUAUAAAAGAAGAUAGAGUACAUGGUGGGCUUUUGAUUCUGAAUGAAUUGUUACGCUGCUCUAAUGCUGUAUGGGAGAAAAAGUAUACACAUCUAAUGAGGAGUAUUGAUACCCAGCAGGAUAUUAUAGUAUCUGACGAUAUUAUUUUCAUUAGUUCCAAACUACAUAGCCCAUCUGUGAAAAGAGGUUACCUAUGUGAUGGCUUUAAAACAGAAAAUGUCCAGUAUCCAGUUCCUAUUUAUGAGUCUGAAGUAUGUAAAAAAUUACUGACUGAGAAGAUUGAAAGAAUUUUUCAUGAUGUAAUGGCACAAAGACAUUUAAAACUUCAAGGUGUACCACAAACAUUACUUAUUAUAAUUCCAAGAUUAGCUGCAUUUAAUAAAGAACUCUUUUUGAGAAAAUAUCUCAACUCUACUAUGCAUUAUUUAUUAACUUCAAUAAGAAGUAGAGAAAAAGACCGAAACAUGGCUUUCACCACCCUUGGCCUUAUGGCAGCUGCUUUAGGGGGUGAUAUAAGGAAUUUUAUACCAAGGAUCAUGGAAGUCAUUAAACAGGCUCUACCAUUCAGGGACACUCAAACAAAGAAAAGAAUUUGGAUAGAUCCUUCAAUUUUUGCCUGCAUAACUUUAUUGAGCAGUGCGGUUAAAGACCUUGUUAUUUCUGAUAUUAAAGAAUUACUUGAUGCUCUAUUUGCAACUGGGCUCAGUCCAUCCCUAACUAUUUGUCUCAAGGAAUUGAGUGAAAAUCUACCAUCACUAAGAGCUGAAAUAUCUAAAGGUCUUUUGAAUAUGUUAUCAUUAGUGUUAAGAAAUAAACACUUUUUACAUCCAGGUGUACCCAGGAGUUUAGAACAACAAAUGAGUAACAGUAUGAAUAUUGUGGUUGAACCGCAAGAUACCGCUAGUAUUGUGCUGGCUUUGAGAACUCUUGGUACAUUCCAUUUUGAAGGCCAUCACAGUUUGCUUAUGUUUGUUAAGCGAUGUGCAGAUCAUUUCUUACAAAGUGACCAACAGGAAAUUAGGGUAGAAGCUGUGAAAACAUCUGCAAAGUUACUAGCUGAUGCUGCUAUCAGAACUAGGCAUAUGCCAUCCAAAACUUUGACAAUGCUGACUGCAGAAGUUGUUGGCAAAAUGCUGAUUGUAUCAGUGACUGACCCUGAUUAUGAAGUCAGGUAUUGGGUGCUUGAAUCGUUGACGGAUAUUUUUGACACUCAUUUAGCACAAAUAGAAAAUCUCAGUUUUCUAUUCAUUGCAAUGAAUGAUGAACAUUUAGAAAUACGAGAAUUAGCCAUUUGUAUGAUCGGAAGACUCAGUACUGUUAAUCCCGCAUAUGUAAUGCCUGGACUCAGAAAGACUUUAAUACAGUUUUUGACAGAAUUAGAACAUUCGGGAAUGAGUCGUAAUAAGGAACAAGCUGCAAGGAUGUUAGACAAUCUGAUUUUACAUGCACCCAAACUUGUAAAGCCAUAUAUGGAGACUAUACUAAAUGUUCUUGUUCCAAAACUUAAGGAACCAGAUGUUAACCCUGGUGUGGUUAUCAGUGUUCUAAAAGCUGUUGGCGAUUUAGCAGACGUUCAUGGCGAUAAUACUGGCUUAAGAAAAUGUCUUCCUGAGCUAUUGACUAUACUCCUGGACUUGUUAUCCGACGCAACUGCCACCGAAAAGCGCAGUGUAGCUCUAUGGGCGUUUGGCCAAUUAAUCAGCGCUACAGGAUAUGUUGUAACACCGUAUACUGACUAUCCAAACCUUAUGGAUGUGUUGUUAAAUUUCCUCAAAACAGAACAGCAGCCUAAAGAUAGACGGGAAACGAUAAGAGUCUUAGGAUUGCUCGGAGCGCUAGAUCCGUACAAACAUAAACUGACGAGGAGCAGGAAAGACGGUCAGCCUAACUCGAGUUUAGUGCCCGUAGCUGACAGUAAAGUGGAAGAAAACAAUUUUGAUAUUUCAUCCAGUGAGAUGUUGGUUUUGAUGCCGACAGCUGUGCUAGAUGAGUACUAUCCUGCUAUAGUUAUAUCGACUCUAAUGCGAAUUUUGCGCGAUCCCACUCUUCAACAACAUCAUACGAGUGUUGUUCAAGCUGUCACUUUUAUAUUCCAAUCGCUCGGUAUCAAAUGCGUUCCCUAUAUAUCGCGAGUAACCCCAAGUCUAUUGUUUGUAGCUCGCGCUACAGAUAGUAACAGCUUUCGUGAGUUUCUUUUCACGCAGUUAGCUAAGCUGAUUGCGAUUGUGAAACAACACAUUCGAAAUUAUUUGGACAAAAUCUUCGACCUAAUUAAGGAAUUCUGGACUCCAAACAGUCCGCUGCAACCUACCCUUAUUUUACUGGUGGAACAUAUUGCAAUUGCCCUUGGAUCCGAGUUUAAAGUAUAUUUACCCCAGUUGAUGCCGCAAAUAUUAAGAGUAUUGGCUCAUGACACCAGCAAAGAUAGGGUUGUGACAGAGAAACUACUCUUUGCACUGCAGAAAUUUGAGGAUAACUUAGAUGAUUAUAUGCAUUUAGUUAUUCCUUCGAUCGUAAAGUUGUUUGACGCGUCGGACUGUCCUAUACCCGUCGCUAAAGUUGCGAUGGAGACAGUAGAUUACUUGUCCGAUUCGUUGAACUACAGUGAAUUGGUAUCAAGAAUUAUUCAUCCUCUCGUGAGGAGUUUGGACAGUUGUUACGCGCUCAGAACGACCGCAAUGGACACGCUAUGUGCGUUGAUCGCUCAGCUCGGUCGAAAGUUCAAUGACUUUAUACCGCUGGUACAAAAAGUUAUUUUAAAGCACAGGAUACAGCAUCAGAACUAUGAUCUGUUGCUAUCGAAACUGCAAACACCGCCUUCUUCGGCGUUGGAAGAAUUUCCAAGACGGAAACCGAAAAAUAAUAAUCAAGAGGGACGUAUCGUUGCGUGUGAUACUUCGCAAUCAAUUCGAAAGCUUUACGUAAACGCGCAUAGUCUACAAGACGCUUGGACGGUCAGCAGCCGUGUGUCCAAAGAUGAUUGGCUGGAGUGGCUUCGGCGGUUUAGCAUUGGACUUCUGACGGAAUCACAUAGUCCUGCUUUAAGGGCGUGCCUGGCUUUGGCUCACAACUACUCGCAACUGUUGCGGGAUUUAUUCAACGCGGCCUUCGUGUCGUGCUGGACAGAGCUGGAUAGCCGAUCGCGAGGAGAACUAUCGAAUGCGCUAGAACAGGCUCUAACUGCGCCUGAUGCGCCCGAGUUGGCUCACACGGUGCUGAAUUUGGCUGAGUUCAUGGAGCACUGCGAGGGCGGAGCCCUACCAAUAUCCACGCAUCUGCUCGGCGAAAGGGCUAUGCAUUGUAGGGCAUAUGCCAAAGCAUUGCAUUAUAAGGAAGAAGAAUUUCGCAGCGGCGCAACCUCGCAGGUGGUCGAAGCAUUAAUACACAUUAAUAACAAAUUGCAACAGAAGGAAGCAGCUGAAGGUUUGCUGGAAAGAGUCAUGACGCAAAGAGAAGCAGGUGAUACGAGCCUAAAAGUCCAGAUUAGGUGGUACGAGAAGCUACACAACUGGGAGAAAGCUCUUAACCUCUACGAAGAAAAACUAACCGAUGGCGAUAUGGAAAUUUGCCUUGGAGAGCUUCGCUGCUUUGAAGCCUUGGGAGAAUGGACUAAACUGUACAAUACAGUGUCAAAUUGUUGGACUAAAAUGACAGAUGAAGAGAAAUUCAAAGCCGCAAGACUAGCAGCUGCUGCUGCUUGGGGUCUUAAUGAGUGGGAAUCCGUGGCGAACUACGUCAACUUUCUACCAGAAAACACCCAAGAUGGUGCUUUCUAUAGGGCUGUGCUAAACAUUCAUAAUGAAGACUACAACACAUCUAAAUUGUACAUUGAUCAAGCGCGGACUAUUCUGGAUUCCGAAUUGACAGCUGUAGCUGGCGAAAGCUACCAGAGAGCGUACGGCGCUCUAGUAAGUGCGCAGCUAUUGGCAGAAUUGGAGGAAGUUAUAACAUAUAAACUCGUGUCCGAGAGGAGAGAAUCCAUUCGCCAAGCCUGGUGGACCCGGUUGCAAGGUGGACAAAGAUUGGUCGAAGAUUGGCGUAAGAUACUUCAAGUGCGCGGUCUUGUACUCACCCCCCAAGAAGAUAUGGCCACGUGGUUGAAGUUCGCAUCGCUGUGCAGAAAGAGCGGAGCGCCAAGACAAGCUCAUAAAACUCUUGUAAUGCUUCUCGGGUCGGAUCCCAGUGAAAAUCGCGACAUGCCUCUCCCCAGCCACGAACCCAGGCUCACCCUCGCGUAUGCAAAACACUUGUGGGUGGCUGGUGACAAACAACUGGCGUACGACCAGUUGCAACGAUACGUGGAUAAUGUAGAGACAGGUGACGCUGAACACUGUAGACUUCUCGCUCGAUGCCACUUAAAGUUGGGUGCUUGGCGGGAGUCUCUGCUGGGCAUAAACGAACAAUCCAUCCCCACUAUCCUGCACAACUACUUGGUCGCCGCAAACCUAUCUUCAGAUUGGUACAAAGCCUGGCACGCCUGGGCCUACAUGAAUUUCGAGACGGUGUUAUUCUAUAAACACCAAGAAGCCGACAACGAGACUAGUGAAGCUAAACCUCCGGUUGAAUAUAUCCAGACGCACACGGUUCCCGCCGUAGAAGGGUUCUUUAAAUCAAUUAAUUUAUCUCAUGGCAGUUCCCUCCAAGACACUCUUAGAUUGUUGACUCUCUGGUUCGACUAUGGCCAUCAUCCGGCCGUGCACGAAGCGCUAGUGGAAGGCAUAAGGACGAUAGAAAUAAAUGUGUGGCUUCAGGUGAUACCUCAGUUGAUAGCUAGAAUUGACACGCCCAGACCUCUAGUGGGGAAGCUGAUACAUUCUCUCUUAAUAGAUAUUGGGAAAUCUCACCCUCAGGCGCUUGUCUAUCCUUUGACUGUGGCCUCCAAGUCCUCGUUUGUAGAUCGCAAAAAUGCCGCUAACCAAAUUCUGAAGUCGAUGUGUACACAUUCAAAUAACUUGGUGAAUCAAGCUGCUAUGAUUUCUGAAGAGUUGAUUCGGGUCGCCAUUUUGUGGCAUGAACAAUGGCACGAGGCUUUGGAAGAAGCGUCUCGGUUGUACUUCAGCGAGCACGACGUGAAAGCCAUGUUCAAAACUCUGGAGCCGUUGCACGCUAUGUUGGAACGGGGACCGCAAACGCUAAAGGAAAUAUCGUUCAGUCAAGCGUAUGGGCGGGAUCUAAAUGAAGCGCAAGAGUGGUGCAAUAGAUUUAAGGAAUCUGGUCAAGUUCGAGACUUAAACCAAGCCUGGGACCUCUACUACCACGUGUUCCGUCGGAUCAGCCGACAGCUAUCUCAGUUGACGUCACUAGAGCUGCAGUAUGUCAGUCCACAGUUGCUCAGCUGUCGAGACUUGGAGCUAGCGGUGCCGGGAUCUUAUGUACCAGAUCAAGACCUUAUCAGAAUUGCACACAUACAGAGUAGUUUGCAGGUGAUAACCUCAAAGCAGCGACCGCGCCGUCUCUGCAUCCGCGGUUCAAACGGCAAAGACUACAUGUUCCUGCUCAAGGGUCACGAAGACUUACGCCAGGACGAAAGAGUGAUGCAACUCUUCGGUCUCGUUAAUACCCUGCUGCAGGCAGAUCCCGAUACUUUCCGCAGGGAUUUAGCCAUACAAAGAUACGCUGUGAUACCGCUGUCAACGAAUUCGGGUUUAAUAGGAUGGGUACCGCACUGCGACACACUACAUUCGCUGAUCCGAGAUUACAGAGACAAGAGAAAGAUCCUUCUUAAUAUAGAACAUAGGAUCAUGCAACGGAUGGCGUCGGAUUUGGAAAAACUGAUGUUGAUGCAGAAGGUGGAAGUAUUUGAGCACGCGUUAGAGCAUACAGCUGGAGACGAUCUCGCCAAGUUAUUGUGGCUCAAGAGUCCAUCCUCCGAAGUUUGGUUCGAGCGUAGAACCAAUUAUACGCGAUCACUGGCUGUCAUGAGUAUGGUGGGGUAUAUCCUGGGUCUGGGAGACCGGCACCCCUCAAACAUUAUGCUAGAUAGGAAGACGGGGAAGUUCCUGCAUAUAGAUUUCGGGGACUGUUUCGAAGUGGCCGUAACCAGGGACAAGUUUCCGGAGAAAAUACCUUUCAGAUUGACUAGGAUGCUGAUAAAUGCUAUGGAAGUAACAGGCAUCGAAGGCACCUACCGCCGUACAUGUGAAUCGGUCAUGGAGGUUCUACAUCGGCACAAAGACAGCGUGAUGGCCGUACUCGAAGCGUUCGUAUACGACCCUCUUCUCAACUGGAGGCUGAUAGAUGCCGGUAGGAGGUCCAGGAACGAAGCUGAACCGUCAUCUGGUGAAGCAUCUUCCCCACAGCCUGGGAGAAGUAAAGCGGUAACUGGUAGUAAUGAAAUAGACCCUCCAGCGGAAACCAACCUCAAUAAACGGGCGCUGGCUAUAGUUAAUCGAGUUAGGGAUAAACUCACGGGCCGCGACUUCCCUCACAUAGAUGACAACUGUGUAAGUGUGCAACAACAGGUCGAUCUGUUGAUACAGCAGGCGACGAGCAAUGAGAAUCUAUGUCAGUGUUAUGUUGGUUGGUGUCCAUUCUGGUAA